AUGGAGCCAAUCGAGACUCUCGCCCAACGAUGGCUCGAGCAAGACAAGGACGAAACAACACGAGCUGAGAUCGAAGACCUGCUCAGCAAGAACGACACUCAAGAACUGGAAAGCCGUCUGCGGACACGCAUCGCCUUCGGAACCGCAGGACUACGAUCAUCAAUGAAAGCCGCAAUCGGCUACGACGCCCGCUACAACUCCGAGAAGUUCGCCCGCCUCGCAGCCGCAGCUUUCCUCACCGCCGGCCUCAGCGUGCUCUGGUAUGGCCAAAUCGUCCACACGCCCUGCGUUCCCUUUGCUGUCAACCACUACCACGCCGCAGCGGGAGUAAUGGUGACAGCGAGCCACAACCCCAAAAACGACAACGGCUACAAAGUCUACUGGUCCAACGGCAGUCAAAUCAUCCCACCCCACGACUCCGGCAUCGCAGCCUCCAUCGAUGCCAUCACGCAAAUCUCCACCUGGGACACCUCCCUCGUCGACACCCAUCCCAGUGUGCAGCGCAUCUACCCCGAAGCCUCGGAACUGUACAUCUCCCGCGUGCGCGAGCUCGUUUCCCCUCUGCCUUCCGACCUGCAAUCUAUUCCAUUCACUUACACAGCCAUGCACGGCGUCGGCCUCCCCUGGAUGCGAAAAGUCGCCUCCCUCCUCCACCUCAGCGACUCAAUGCACGAAGUCGCAGCUCAAUGCCACCCCGACCCGGAAUUUCCCACCGUGCCGUUCCCUAACCCAGAAGAAGCCGGUGCUCUCGCCCUCGCUAUGCGUGAAGCCGACGCGAACGGCACACCUCUCAUCCUCGCCAACGACCCGGACGCAGACCGUUUCUCUGCCGCGCAGAAAUUGGAAAGUGGAGAGUGGAUACAAUUCACCGGAAACCAACUGGGGAUCCUCUUCGCCUCUUUCGUCCUCGAGUCAUAUACAGGAGACCGCUCAAAAUUGGCUAUGCUGGCAUCUACCGUCUCCAGCCGUAUGCUCUCCUCCCUCGCCAGCCAGGAGGGAGUUCAUUACACCGAAACCCUCACUGGUUUCAAAUGGCUCGGAAAUGUCGCGCAAACCCUCGCAACUCCAGGUCUCGAACCGGUCUUCGCAUUCGAAGAGGCGAUCGGGUAUAUGUUCCCCUCGAUAGUAUGGGACAAAGACGGCGUCGCUGCGGCAGCGGUCUUCCUUACCGCAUGUCGGGCGUGGGAGAAGGAGGGUCUCACGCCGUGGGGGAAAUUACAGCAACUGUACGAACGAUAUGGAUACUUCGUGGACGCGAAUACAUAUCUCAUCUCCCCAUCUCCCGACGUCACGGGGAAAGUCUUCGGCGACAUUCGUGUUCUGAACAGCGGUUCUCGCCCGGAAAUGUUGGGGAACAGGAAGAUUCUACGGUGGAGGGAUCUCACGACGGGAUAUGAUAGUGGUACGGCGGAUCAUCUUCCCGUCCUGCCUGUGGAUGCGAGCGCGCAGAUGAUUACGUGUGAGGUGGAGGGUGUGGUGUUUACGGUGCGAGGGUCGGGGACGGAGCCGAAGAUUAAAUUGUAUAUUGAAGCGAAGGGUACGAGCCAUGAGGAGGCGGAAGGGGAGGCGGAGGGGGUGUUGAGGGAUUUGUUGGGGGAGUGGUUCAGGUUGGAGGAGUAUGGGUUGAGACUGGCGGGGACGUGA